GUGCGCUACCUGGAACAGCAGAACAAAAUGCUGGAGACCAAGUGGGAGCUGCUGCAGGACCAGAGGCCGGAGCGCUCCAACAUUGAGCCCAUGUUCGAGGCCUACAUGGCCAACCUGCGGAGGCAGCUGGACGUGGUCAACAACGAUAAGUUCAAGCUGGACGGGGAGUUGAGGAACAUGCAGAGCCUGGUGGAGGACUUCAAGCACAAGUACGAGGAUGAGAUCAACAAGAGGAACAACCUUGAGAAUGAAUUUGUGAUCCUGAAAAAGGACGUGGACUCUGCCUACCUGGUGAAGGCAGACCUGGAGGAUAAAGUCGGAGCUCUCACAGAUGAGAUCAACUUUCUACGCAGCAUUUAUGAGGAGGAGCUGCGUGAGGUCCAGAGUAGCAUCAGGGACACCUCGGUCAUCGUGCAGAUGGACAACUCACGCCACCUCGACAUGGACCAGAUAGUGGCGGACGUCAAGGCCCAGUAUGAGGAUAUUGCAUCCAAGAGCAGAGAUGAGGCUGAGUCCUGGUACAAGAGUAAGUUUGAACUGAUGGCCAAACAAGCCAACCAGUAUGGAGACAAUCUGCGUAACACUAAAGGAGAGAUUGCUGAGCUGAACCGCGUGAUCGGCCGGGUGCGGAAUGAGAUCGAGUCUAUCAAAGGACAGCGUGCCAACCUGGAAAACCAGAUAGGAGAGGCAGAGGAACGUGGCGAGAUGGCGGUGAAGGAUGCCAAGGCUCGUAUCAGAGACCUGGAGGAUGCCCUCCAGCGUGCCAAGCAGGAUAUGGCACGGCAGGUGUGCGAGUACCAGGACCUCAUGAACGUCAAGCUGGCGCUGGACAUCGAGAUCGCCACCUACAGGAAGCUGCUGGAAGGAGAGGAGAGCAGAAUCGGCCAGAAUACCACCCUGAGCAUCCACUCUGUCCCCAACACACAUUACAACACCAAAGCUGUGAAUGGAAGCAGCUCUCCCAGCCCAAAGCUCCUCAUUAAGACCACGGAGCUACGCGACAGCAUCAGAUACAGCUCCUACUGAGACACUGCUCAGACACCCACCGUGGUCCUAGCCCUGCAGUCGUUCUUGGGAAACCCCACCACUGGGCCUCCUCAAUCCCCCCUGCUCUGCAUACCACAUGUGCUAGACUGUACUCAUUCACCUCAGAUACUUUCGAUUGCAGAUCUGAAAAUCUGCUGCUAUGGUUUGGAGUAGAUACAAAAAAAUACAUAGAUACCUUUAUUUUAUCGUAUUAAUCAGAGAUGGCAUAUUGCAUGGCAAAAUAAAUGUAGAUGUCACCAUAUUGACCAAUGGUAUAGAGACCAUUAUGGUGCUGGGAGGGGCCUUUAACUUGUUUCAAAUGCUUGUAUUACUGCUUGUACCAUUGACAGCUAUUUGUGUCCUGUAACCUGACUAACAGAAUAGCCUGUAAGAGUACAACUGGAUCCCAUCUUUCUAUUACUUUAUGACAAAAAGGAUGAACAUAUAUAUAUAUAUAUGACUAAUUGCAUUUGUGAGUUCAGUAAGUAUAUUUGAAAAUAAUUUUGUCUUACUC